AUGGCAACCAACGCGUCCUCAAGCGACUACAUCUUCUUCCUUCAGGCGGGGUCAGUGUCUUGCGCACACGACGCAACACUCUGCGAACGGCAGAUUGAGGGCGCGGAAAUAAUAACCACCGGUUCCGAGCGUGAGGUGAUUCUAGGACAUAACCUGCUCUCGGGAGACGCUGCAGAAAACGCCCUCUUCAGCACGUUCAACCGGGUGUACGUGCCCCACUGCACGGCCGACAUGUUCCUGCUCGACACGCAAUCAGACGACGGGCAGCUGCAGUUCCGGGGGAGGGCUCUCCUUGAGGAAACGAUAAGCGUGGUUCUCAGCAAUGCUACGCAAAACGCAAGCGUGGUUCUGGGGGGGUCGACAGCCGGGGGGGUGGGUGCGUUCAACGCUGCUAGGUGGCUUCUGGACUCAUUCGAUCAGGUUGUGGAGCUAAGUGUGAUUAUCGACAGCGCCUUCUUGUUCGACAUCCACGGGUACAUGAUGCCAUUCCUGGAGUACCUGCAGGCGAAUCCGUCCGCAGCGUAUUCUUCACAUUGUGCCGAGGAAUUCUCCGGAGGGUCUUGCUGCUUGCAGUUUGUGUGCAUGGUUCAGAAAGGUUACUACCCAUCGAACUCGGUGACAACAACAUCAACAGCGAUCUACCCGGGCGAGGGUAGGAUUCGAGGGACACUCGCUCUCUCAAGCUCACAACAUCCUCAAGAGGCACGGAACUUGGUCAGCCAGCUUGGAGCCUCGACGACGGAUGGCGUCGUCAUUUUGGACGCUGGACUUAACCACGGAACCAUCCGACAGACGGAGCCUUCCCUGCGCGAGCUGGCUUCUCUCUACCCCGGGGCGAGCUGCACCUGCCUCUACGGAGAGGACGACCUCGCCACGACUCGAACGUGUGAGGGAUGGUGGUGGGGUAACGAAGGCGACACCGGGAAUGGAUUGAGGUGGACCGCAACGCAGUCGGUCGACCAAUGGGAAGCUGUCGAGAUCGGGGGCACGACCGUACGUAGCGCGAUCGAAAUGUGGUGGAAUGGGCGCGGGAAUGCAUCUGAGCAGGUUGUUCUAAUCGACGACUGUGAGGGCAUCGACUGCAACUCAUCCUGCCCAAGCGAGCUCCUCGUACCGGGAAGCCGCAGCGAGGACAAUAGCCUCACCGUACUGGUCGUCGUGACCACCACGCUAGCGUUCUCCGCGGUGGUCCUCGUAGGAGGUGCGAUCAAUGCUUUCUACGGCAUCAUUAUCGUCCUACACCGUAGAACACAACAGUACGUCGAUUUCGUUCUGUGA